CAUAUAUAAGUACUCAUAAUAGCCCACCCAUUCGAGCAGCAAACAAACAGCCCACACUCUCCUUCUCUUCGAUUCACUUGGUUCUUUUCAUUCUUCACCUCAACUAUCCUUCAUUCUUCCUGGUGAAGACGGCCGGUCCUUUAACAUAUCCAACCUUCCAUUCAGACUCUCCCUUACAGCCUACUUUACCUAAACUUGGACUUCUAUCAAUCAUUCAACUUUCUUUAUAUACAUACAUACUCAUCUCAAAAUGGCACCCCUCCUCAAGCUCGCCACACUCCUCUCCCUCUCCCUCUACGUCGCCGCCCAAGGCCUCGGAACCCAAUUCAUCACCGGCGUCUGCACCUCCGACGCCGACUGCGCUUCCGGCUGCUGCGGCUUCAACUCCGGCAAGUGCGCUGGACCGGUCAUAGCUCAGGAGCGUGACGGAGGCUGCGGCUUCGGCGACGCCCAGCCUAAUGAUCGGGCUGCGCAGCAGUUCCGGAAUGGACAGGGUGCUGCACCUCCUGCCUCGAAUAAUGCGAAUUUGAAUAUGAACGCAAACGGAAUCGGAAACGGCAACAAUGGAGGCAACAACGGCAAUGGCGGGAACGGGGCAGGCAAUGGCGCAGGCACGCAAUUCAUCACGGGUCCCUGCUCCAGCGAUGCGGACUGCGCAUCUGCUUGCUGUGGGUUCAACAGCGGGAAAUGCGCUGGGCCUAUCGUGGCGCAGGAGAGGGAUGGAGGGUGUGGAUUCGGUGAUGCUCAACCUAAUGAUGAUGCUGCUCAGGCUCUCCGGGGCCAGAGGCUUGGGAAGAGGGGUGUUGCGCACUGGAGGCAGGAGAUCAACUAAAGAAUUGGAGUUUGGGUAGGGACUAGGGGUCGGAAUGGGGUCGAGGGAGAGAAGGAAUGUGUCUGUUUGAGGCACUGUAGGUUCGAAUGUUGGUAUUCACACGCGGAAGAAGCUUGUGGAUAGCACUCUACUUGGGCGUUGGAUUUCGGGCAUCAUCUACACAGGUCUCGAUGAGUGGACCUCGCAACAAAUUCAUUUUUACAUGCUCUAAUAUCUCACCCCUUGGCUAGAGUCCGUUUAGACCAAUGUAGUUCUGGAUGGGAUAUAUUAAGGCACGGUAGAAACAUGUGGGUAGC